AUGGCUACCCUCGAGUCCAUGGGUGUUCAGGAGGUGGAUGACACACUUGCACACUACAUCGUCGUGCUAGUUAAGAAUAGACAUACGGGUAGACAACUCAACACAGAUCUGACUACGUUUCUGGGUGAAAAUACGGUGAAAUUUACACACUGGCUGUGUGAUCUUCUGAUGAAGGCCGAGGUGGGGGAUGUAGAUGAGGAUGACUUCGCUGCCUUCGCAGAAAAAGAUUCCGCGCUCAAAGACUCUAAGAAAUACGCCAGCACGGGCCAAUCAGAUUCUAAAGCGAUAUCUACUCAAGGACAGACAUAUCCCAAUGCACACUCGCGCUUAGAGGAUUCAACACACGCUGCCGCCAAUCGCACGGUGUCGAGUGCGUCACUGUUUAGUAGUCUGCGUCGACAGUCCGCUCUGAGCAAAGUGGGGUCACGCGUGCUGACUGCCGUGCUGAGCACCGGCGCGGGCGCUGCUUUUCCGUCAGCGAAGAGACCGGCAGCCGAUGACGACAGCACCGCCCACAAGCGCCCUCAUGUGGACACAGACAGUGCCACGGGUGGAAACGCAUUCUCGUCGCACUUUUCUAGCAAAGCAAAUGGCAACACGUAUAGCAGUACGAAUGCGGCGGCGACCCGUGGGGAAAUGAACCCAGAGGAAGCUAUGGCUCUUAGACGCACGGAACAGCAGCUGAACGAGGGCAGGAAAGGUGCUGGGUCGGCAUCUUGUCCGUUCUUUCCAUCGUGCAAACACGGGGACAAGUGCAAGAGGGUACACCCAAAGCCGACAUGUAGGUUUGACGAUAAGUGCACUAAUGACAGCUGUCCGUUCAACCACACCACCGACUUUGCUGAAGGUGGCGGGGGUGGCGCUUAUCACAACUCAGCCAGUUCACAGUACAUCGCAAGAUCCGACCGUAGUAGCCAGGAACCCUUCGGAAACAGCACAAGCAGCGUGAGUGUGAGUAGUGCACCUAAACGCAUGUGUCGCUUUGGUACGAGGUGCAGGCAUGACAAUUGUCCGUUUGAACACACAGUGGACUCGGGUGGGGGGGUCAAAUCAGGCGCAUUGGAGGGCAAUAGAGGGCCUAGUACAGGCCCAGCAAGCGCCGGAUAUGAUCGAGGGUAUGGUAGUAGCAGGGGAAGGGAUAGCGGGGGGUACGAGAGUGGUUUUAAAAGCGGGACAAACCGGUACGGCGAUAGUCUGGGCUCUGGUAGUAUGGUAAGUCUGUCCGAUCGUGUAGGGGGAAGAGGAGUGUGCAGGUUCGACGGCCGGUGUAGGAAGCCAAACUGUCCUUUUCAGCAUUUACAGGAUAACACCAAGACUCGUUCAGUAGGCGGGUUUGGCGGUCAGAGUCAGUAUGCAAACACACAACAGGCCUCGCCGUCCAGGUCGUCGUACAGUGGGAGUGUGGGGGGGGGCGGUAAUGGGCCUAAUAGCUAUGCUUCCGAGGGGGGGAGGGGGGGUGGGUUUGGGCAACGAGAGCGACCGCCGUGCAGGUUCCAGGAUAGGUGUACCAAGCCUAACUGUCCGUUCACACAUGACAGCAGUAGCAGUAGGGGCGCGAUAGGGUCCGAUAUUCGGGGAUCUCGAAAUAGUCGGCCUCGAGCGGAGUGCAAAUUCGGCAGCCGAUGUACCAAGGCCCAGUGCAGUUUCUACCACUCCGAGAAGGAUCAUAUCAGCGAUAGGGUGUUAGUACUUGAAGAAGCCGAUUCGUGAGAUAACUACAGAUAUAUAAAAGAGCUAACAAGCUGCGAGAUGUAGACUGACUGCGAGGGAAUUUGAUUAUGUGCAGGUGUAGUCCAUGCCACUCGGGAAGGAAUUAUACCAACCAUGGAGUGUUGAAACUCGAGGAAGACCGCUCAAAAAUCAUCUUCGUAUGAAUUGGCAGUAAGGAUGACCAUAAAUUGAUCACACAGAAAGAAAACCUUCCAUGAGAGGUUAGAAUAUAGCAAAAGGGGGA